AGGCGAAUGUCACGUCUUUAUUGUUAUCUUUGGGAUAAGGAUACAGUCAACAGUGUGUGUUUAUUGUUUUGAAAGAAGUGGUUGUGUUAUAAUAGAUUUCAGAUGAGGUAGCUUAACAUGUGCUGGAUAAUAGGUACAUAAAGUGGCAAGGAAGCAAGAGCUGAACAAUCUUUCACUAGGACUCACAUCUGGUUCUUGCAGUUGCUGGCAAGAUGAACAUGAUGCAGGCACUCAAUGUAGCCAAGCAGGUAUGCCAGAUUCAUACUUCAGCGCGACCCCAUCAAAUAAUCAAGCUUACAAGGAUGAGAGUUGUGGAUAAUAGUCAGAUCGGGAAACUGGCCAUGGCUGAAGGGAAACCACCAAGAUGUAUUCAUGUUUACAACAAGAAAGGUGUAGGCACUAUUGGUGACAAGAUACUGGUUGCAAUCAAAGGACAAAAGAAGAAAGGCGUGAUAGUUGGUGUGAAACAGAAGCAGCCACCUUUGGUGCCUAAAUUCGACAGUAACAAUUUGGUGCUGAUAGAUGAUAAUGGAACUCCACUAGGAACACGCAUUCAUGUGCCCAUACCUACGGUUCUACGUCGCAUUCUGAAAGAGCGUACACAUGCAAAAGGCACGGAUUAUACAAAAUUGUUAGCUAUAGCAACUAGAUUUGUGUGAUGUAUUGAAAUGGUAGAACUGUACAAAUAUUUUGCUUCUGGCACUGUUAAAAGAUGAUGUACUAUACUGUCUUCGCAAAAAAAUAAAAAGCAUUUAGCUUACUUUAUCAGUAUGGAUACUGAAAAGUGAGUUCCAAAAA